AGAGCGGCAAAAUCAUUCGAGGGUUCCUGAGCGGGAGAGUGAAGCGAGAAAAGAUGUCUUCGACCUUCCACUGCCCGGAGAUGCCGGCGUCGCAGAUCGCCGAAGUACUCACCGACAGCGGCAUUGCCGCCGUAUCUGAGGAGGAUCUCGCCGCCCCGACUGCUGAAUUCGCCUUCGCCCUCUACGCCAGCGUCCUCAACUACUUUCAACCCCUCAGUGAAGAUGUCAAUGGUGGGCUUGAUUUUGGCGCCCUGCAGCUACUGGACAACCCCGAGCACCAUGAGGACGCCGUCCGCGCUAUUAAUCUCUACCACCGGAUGAAUGAGCUUCUCGUAUCUAUAAAUUGUAACGGAUUCAAGCUCUCCGAUCUAUUGAGGCCGGAACCCCGGAGGAUAGUCGUCAUUUUCAGCGCCAUCGUCAAUUUCCUCUACUAUAGGGAGGAAAAGCUGGCCACUUUGCAAGUGUUUAUGGACAAGCUACCCGCCUGUGAUGAGAGAAGAAGUGAACUUGAGGAGAAGCUUGCAGAGUUGAAGAAACAAAGCAUGGAUUACGAAGUUGCACGAAAAGAAGAGGAGCCUUUGGUCCAUGAGGUUGAUGCUGAAGUGAACAAGUUAAAGCAUUCUAUACAGGAUUAUAACAAGCAGCAAAUGUUGAUGAGGAACCAGGCUAAAGAGCUCAAGGAGAAGGCUGAUGCCAUUGACAGCAAGAUCUCACAAGCAGAUUUUGAGCUAUUGAAAAAGGCGGAAGAAAACUCCAAAUUAUUGUCUGAAGUUGUUCAAUCUCCAGACAAACUACAGAGGGCCCUUGAGGAAAAAAGAAAUAAACUUGCUGAGGUGAAGAAUUCUGAGAGGCUGGCAAUUCAGAGUGUUCAAGAGAAAAAUACGGCUAUAGAGGUGUACUUGAAGGCCUCUGAAAAAAUGUCUAAGCUUUCAAGCCUAGUACAGGCAACUCAGGAAGAAAUAAAUUCAGCAAAAAAUAUAGAAAAAGACUUGAAAGCUUUGAAGGUCAAGAUGAGUAAUGAUGCGGUUUCUGAUAUGUCCGUCGAAGCGAAGGUGUUUGAAUUGCAAGGGAAAGCAAAACAAGCUGAGGAGCUGCUCAGAACAACAGAAAAGGAGAGGCAUUUAAGACUUGCAGAGGAUAUUCAGAAACUCAAUAAUGCCAGGGCAGAAGUAGAACAUGACCUUAAAUGCUUGGAGCCCAGGGAAAGGAAGCUUGAGGAUAUGGUGGCCAGGAGUGAUAGUUUAUGUCAAGAGGCUGAUUCAGUAAGGGAAGCAGAGAAAUUGAAGCAGCAAAAGCUCCUGUCAAAGCUAGAAGAAAUUGUCCAUUUGUUUCACAGCCAUUCAAACCGAACAAACAAUUUUCUUGAAAUAUUUAGAACAGAGUUGAUCUCAAAGGAUAACAUCCACCUGAUGUGACAAGCGAUGCUGCUUAACGUUAUUUUCACUGUAUUUCAGCUAGUCUUUGAAAGUUUGUAUAUGGCAUUAUCGAAAGCUGGUUUUGCUCUGUGUAUAUAACUUGAGAUUGAAAGGUAGUCAGUCUAUCAGGGCUGGAUAUUAA